AUGAAAUUGAGAAAAUUCACGAAAUUGAGAAAAUUCAAUUCCACUUUCUCUAAUAUCGACGCAGCCAUCACCACCCUCACCAUCUUCUCCCCACCGGACUCCGCCUUCACUUCCGGUCAGCCGCCUCUCACCCACAUCCUCCUUCACUUCUCCCCCUUCUCUCUCUCCCCGUCAUCCUUCCUCUUCCUGCCCUUCACCUCCACAGUUCCGUCCUUCUCCCCCGCCAGCCACCUCGUCGUGACCUCCGGCCAGCCUGAACAAAUAUCCAUCAACAGAGUCUCUGAUACCCCAAUUUUCGACGACGGAUUUGUCUUCGUCUACGCAAUUGACGGUUUCUUCCACCUGAAAUUCACCCUAGCAGAUGCAGAUCCGGCCAACCCGAACCCUAGAUCCGAUUUCCAUUAG